CAGAGUCACCCGGUGGCAGUGAGGUAUGCAUUGGGCGGGGCCAGAAUCCUGAGUGGUAUCCUAGCAACGGGCCAGCCAUCGCUGGUAGGCGUGGCUGAGGAGCUGGAGAAGUCCUCGGACUCCACUGAUAGAGACGUGGCCAGCUCCAUCAGGAAGGCCAUUGCUGACACCAGCAGCCACAAGGAUGCCGUCAAGACACACGGCCUGGCCUGUGGCAUGCCUCCAUCAUUCAUAGGGAUGAUCCAUGGCAUCAACGUAUCCCAGAGCUACACAGAUGCAGUCAGGGGUGAGAUCCUGGCAGCUGGUGACAACUGCUCAAGGGUGGCUUUUAUUGGAGCUUGCCUCGGUGCCAAGUAUGGUCUGGAUUCCAUUCCAGAGGCGUGGCUACAGAAGGUGAACAAGAGCACUCAGCUGCUGGAAUGGACUGAGGCUAUCGCCAAGUUCUGAACUGUUUUCUCAAAAAUAAAUUGACUGAGUCUUUUUAGUUUGUGUUUAGGCACGACAUUUGAAAUUGAAUUUUAGAGAGUUAAAAAUAGAAUUUAUGAAGCUCUUCUUUUUUUGAAUUUGUUGAGGAAAUGGUCUUUCAGGAGUUGGUCAGCUCCAGGUCUCUGGAUUGGG